GUGAUCCUACCGCCAUGAUAUCUUGUAGACAUGUCGUAGCUGCUUGCUAAGUGUCCCACUAAACUGUAGAUGUUAUAAAAGCAGGCUGCAUUAUAAUACACUAGUAGUGGUCCACUACUAUCCAAAUACUGAAUGGUGUAGAAAAGAUGGCCUUCAAACACAAAACUGUUUCACGUCAAACGAGAAAAUACCCACAUUUCACUCUCCAAUCUGUUUGCAGCUGCAGCUCAAACCUCUGGGACAGCUCAGAGUUCCUGACACUCCUCCAGCAUGGUUCAGAGUGUGGCAGUGAUCGGAGCAGGCCCCUCUGGUCUGACCAGCAUCAAAGCCUGUUUGGAUGAAGGGCUGGAGCCCACGUGCUUUGAGAGCAGCCAUGACAUUGGAGGUCUGUGGAGAUUUAAGGAGAAGCCAGAGCCCGGGCAUGCAAACAUCUACCAGUCAGUGGUUAUCAACAGCUCCAAAGAGAUGAUGUCUUUCAGUGACUUCCCUCCUCCCGCUGAGCUGCCCAACAACAUGCACCACUCUGAGGUGCUGUUGUAUCUGCGUCUCUAUGCUCAGACUUUUAACCUGUUGCAGCACAUACACUUCCAGACCGCUGUGGUCAGUGUGAGGCAGAGACCAGACUUCGCUGUGACAGGCCAGUGGGAGGUGGAGACGGAGGGGAGAGAGGCCCAGAGGGAGACGCAUGUUUUUGAUGCAGUGAUAGUUUGCAGUGGACAUUUCACCCAGCCUCACCUGCCCCUCACAGACUUCACAGGUAUUGAGAGCUUUGAAGGCAGAUAUUUCCACAGCUGGGAAUACCGCAGUGCUGAGGGUCUGGAAGGGAAAAGAGUGGUGGUGAUUGGGAUCGGGAACUCUGGGGGGGAUAUUGCUGUGGACAUCAGUAGAGUUGCUGACAAGGUGUACCUCAGUACCAGGAGUGGAGCAUGGGUGGUCGGCCGCAUAGGACCUGGGGGGCUGCCGGGUGAUGUGGUUGGGACAUCUCGAAGGGACAUGAUGAUAAAGAAUCUCUUUCCCUUGCGCAUCACCAGGAUGGUGGAGAAUAAACUGAAUGAAGCAUUUGACCACAAAUUAUACGGCCUAAAACCUAAACACGGCUUCUUUGCACAGAUUCCUGUAGUGAAUGAUGAUCUGCCAGCUCGGAUCAUCUCGGGCCGCGUUCAGGUGAAACCAAACGUGAAGGAGUUCUGUGGCUCCAGUGUGGUCUUUGUUGAUGGGAGCGUUGUGGAAAAGGUGGACGUAGUGGUGUUUGCCACAGGGUACAACUACAGCUUCCCUUUCCUGCCCUCACAGCUGCAGGAUAAGAGUGGCUACAGGCUGCGUCUCUACAAGCACGUGUUCCCUCCUUCACUGACCCGGCCUACGCUAGCAGUGGUGGGCUUCAUUCAUGCCCUUGGUGCAAUCAACCCUCUGGCUGAGAUGCAGGCUCGAUGGGCUACAAGGGUGUUUAAAGGUUUAAGAUCCCUCCCUGCAGAGGAAACCAUGAUGAAGGAAAUUGAAAAAGACACAGCAACCAUGCAUCAGAACUUCGCGUGCUCGGAGCGUAACCCCCUACAGGUGGACAACACGACUUACAUGGACUCCCUGGCUAAGGAGGUGGGGGUUAGGCCAAACUUACUGUGGCUCUUCAUGACGGAUCCCAAACUGGCACACCAGGUGUUUGUGGGCCCCUGCACUCCUUACCAGUACCGCCUGACAGGACCGGGCCAGUGGGCUGGAGCCCGCCAGGCAAUCCUUACUCAGUGGGAACGGGUGCUGCAGCCUUUCAGGACCAGAGUGGUACCAGAACCGGAAACUAGACCGUCCUCUAGGCUGAGCACCUUUAUGAUUUUCUCAGGUGCAGCCCUGCUGUGCUGCCUCUAUUAUAACAAACACUCUCUGUCCUCCUUCGUCUUCUCCUCUCCCUCCUUCCUCAGAGGUCCUCAAUAAGCUGCACUGUAAAUGACUGACUUUGCAAAAUGUAUACUAACUGGACAAUUAAGUAAAUAAAGUGGUUAUUAUUAAAUUAUA